AUGCUGCGUCUGGCUGCAUUCGCAGUGCUGCUGCUGUUCUUCAGGGUCAGUCUGGAGAUGUCCUGGGCCCAGGCCAUCCCCAUCCUCUUCAUCAUCUACCUGGGAUCUGGCGGAUGGGACUUCUUCCUCAUAUUCAUCAAGACGAUACGAAGGGAUGUCACCACGGGGCUGGUCCUGUUGCAGGUGAAGUGGCAGGUAUGGAGGCACGUGAGGGAGAAGAACACAAUUGCCAAGAUCUUCCAGAAGACUGCAAGCAAGUACCCAGAGAAGACAGCACUGAUCUUCCAAGGCACAGGCGAGAGCUGGACCUUCCGGCAGCUGGACGAGUACUCCAACCAGGUGGCCAAUUUCUUCUACGGGCAAGGCUUCCGCUCCGGUGACGUGGUGGCUCUCUUCAUGGAGUCCCGCCAGCAGUACGUGGGGCUGUGGCUCGGCUUGGCCAAGGUUGGGGUGGAGACUGCCCUUGUGAAUUCCCACCUGCGCAUGGAGGCCCUGCUGCACUGCAUCACCAUCUCCAGCUCCAAGGCUGUGAUUUUUGGGGUGGAGAUGAUGGAAGCAAUGCAGGAAGUGCAGCCCUCCCUGGAGAAAUCUGUUCACCUCUUCUGGUCUGGGGAAGGAAGCCCCAAGUCUACUCUUCCUGGUGCAAAACACUUGGACCCCCUCCUGCAGAUGGCCCAGCGGCACCCACCGACCCCCCCCAAUAAGGGCUUUCUCGAUAAACUCUUCUACAUCUACACCUCUGGCACGACGGGGCUGCCCAAGGCUGCCAUUGUGGUGAACUGCCGGUAUUUCCGCAUGGCCAGCUUGGUUUUUUACGGUUUCCGCAUGAGGCCGGACGACGUGAUGUACGACUGCCUCCCGCUCUACCACGCUGCAGGGAACAUCGUGGGGGUCGGGCAGUGCCUGCUGCAGGGCAUGACCGUUGUCAUCCGCAAGAAGUUCUCGGCCUCACACUUUUGGGAGGACUGUGUGAAGUACAACUGCACGAUCGUGCAGUACAUCGGGGAGAUCUGCCGCUACCUACUGAACCAGCCAUUCCAGGAGGCGGAGCGGCAGCACCGGGUGCGCCUGGCGCUGGGCAACGGGCUGCGCGCCUCCAUCUGGAGGGAGUUCAUGGCGCGCUUCGGCAUCGCCCAGGUGGCAGAGUUCUACGGGGCCACCGAGUGCAACUGCAGCCUGGGGAACUUUGACAACAACGUUGGGUCGUGUGGCUUCAACAGCAGGAUCCUACCACAUGUGUACCCCAUUGGCUUGGUGAGGGUGGAUGAAGACACCAUGGAGCUGAUCCGGGGGCCGGAUGGUGUUUGUAUCCAUUGCAAACCAGGGGAGCCGGGGCAGCUGGUGGGUCGCAUUGUCAAGAGCAACCCCUUGCAGCACUUUGAUGGCUACCUGAAUCAGUCAGCCACCAACAAGAAAAUCGCCAGGGAUGUGUUUAAAAAGGGGGAUGCUGCCUAUCUCACAGGGGAUGUCCUGGUGAUGGACAAAUAUGGGUACAUGUACUUCCGGGACCGCACCGGGGACACGUUCCGCUGGAAGGGGGAGAAUGUCUCCACCACAGAGGUGGAAGGGACGCUGAGCCGCAUCCUCAACCUGACGGACGUGGUGGUUUAUGGAGUGGAGAUCCCAGGGAUUGAAGGGAAGGCAGGGAUGGCAGCCAUCGCUGACCCAGAGAACUCCUGCGACCUGGCAGGCUUUGCCAGCGAGCUGAGGAGGGCCCUGCCGCUGUAUGCGCGGCCUGUCUUCCUGCGCUUCCUGCACGAGGUCUCCAAGACAAGCACUUACAAGUUCCAGAAGAUGGAGCUGCGGAAGCAGGGCUUCGACCCCACGCUGGUGAAGGACAGGUUGUACUUCCUGGACUCCAGGCAAGGCCAGUACCUGCCGCUGGAUCAGGCAGUGUUCAGUAGGAUCCAGUCGGGAGAGCAGAAGCUGUAA